AUGUCAGCCCACCUGCAGUGGAUGGUCCUUCACAAACGCUCCAGCUUUCUCAUCAAGCGCAACAAGCAGGCGUACAGCACCGAGCCCAACAACCUCAAGGCCCCAGACUCAUUCCGCCACAACGGGCUGAUCCACCGGAAGAUUGUAGGCAUCGAGCCGGCAGCCUACAGCAAGGGCAUAGUGGUGAUGCUGAAGCGGAGGGAAGGUCAGAGGAAGCCUGCCACUCCCUACCUGAGGACCACAAACAACAAAAAUGCCCGGGCCACAUUCAACAGCACCUGGCACAUCCUCCACAAGAAUAAAUACCGGAAAGAUCACUGCAUGGCCGCUUUGAUGGCCAGUGCCAUCCUUCGAAGCCAGAAGCCAGUGGUGGUGAAGAAGAAAUGA